AUGAUUUUUUCCUUGAAAGUUUCGAUAUCUCCUGAGUGGGCCGAGAUUCACCGAAACUUUGCAUCACUUAUUAGACUCUCAAACAUUGCAACACCACUUUCGAAGUUUAUUAAUGUUCAAGGUGAUCUGGAUGAAGUUGGUCUCCAUAAUAGUUCUUGCCACUCUCCGGUACACGACCCUGAGUCGCUCAAGCUUUUCGAGUUGCUUGCUCCGGUAAAGAUCGAAUUUCCUCCAGAACCGACUACCGAAGAGCUUUCGAAUUUUCAUGCGUUAGUCACCAAUCUUGAGAUCCAACAGAAGGAUGAAAAAGAAUAUAUUGGCCUGAUUUUCCAGGAAUAUUGCAAACGUAAGAGUAUCAUGCAGAAGCGUGAAAAGGAGUUCGAUGUAUUCAUUGAAGAGAUCGCUGAGUUGCAACGUCGUGAUUUGCCGCCCUCGAUUCGUCAGGGACUUGUGAUGAUAGAACAAGAGGAGACCAGCACUCGUGAUGAGCUCUUAGCAGUAUACGAUCGGUUCCUGAAGUGGAUUGAAGAGGUUCAGCCUCAGUGGUUAGAGGCGGUCAAUCGUCUGGUAGAGGAAAACCGCAUAAAGGAAGAAGCCAAGAAAGCCGCACUAGAAGCCUCAAAAGCACUCUUGGUGCAGGAGCUAACAGCUGGAAAGAAGCUCUCAUCGAUGUCGAACAAUCCGGUGGGUGAGUCAGGCAAUAACGUGGAUUCGUCGUACGUUCCCAAUGUGGCGUUGGAUGACGCCACUCACGAGGAGCCUUCGCCGGCUGAACUGAGACACAAAGCCAUCGAGCUGCUGGAACAACAGGAAGCUGUGAUACGUCAUCGCCGGGAGCAGCAGUUGCUGGAGCUAAAGCUAAAGGAAGAGUCUAUACGCAAGCACAUAAAGGAUAAGGAAAACGAACGUCUUGCCGAAGAGGAGAAAAAGCGGAGGGAGAAUUGGGAACAGCUACACAAGAGUUUGCUUGAGCAGGAGGGUAUUCUUCAGGAGCGCUUACGCGCUCGUGAGGAGGAGAGACGUCAGAAAGAAGAGGAACGUCAUAUGUUGUUAGAGCAUUGCGCCGCUGAGGAGGAAAUUAUCCGCCGUCGUCUGAAGGACCAGGAAGCCAGGCAUAAGGCUGUAGAAGAUGAGAAGAAGCGCCUUGAGGCUCAGAAAAAGAAGGACUUGUACGAGCACAUCCUUGCCGAAGAGGAGCUUCUUCGCCAGCGCAUCCAACAACGCGAAGCUGAAAAGGAAAUAGAAAAGCAACAGCAGGCUGCAGCAGCUGAGGAGGAGCGUCGGAAGAAGGCUGAGAAGCUCGAAGAGGAGAUACGUCUUCGUGAGCAGCACAAUUCACUCGUGAUGGAGCAGGAGGCGUUGCAUCGUUCCAAGGAGGAGCACAACAAGGCUGAAAGACUUAAGCAGGUUGCGCUGUUAAAACAACAGGAAGAGGUGGUCAGGGCACGAUUGCGUACGAAGGAGAUAGUCGAAAUUCAGGCUAAGGAGCAGAAGCUGCAGAGUCAGCCACAACAACCGGUCAUUUAUCCUUCAACAGGUUUUUUUCUGUCGAAUUCCCAGGCGGUUCCAAGCCCCAGUGGGGCCGCUACCGUACCCUACGUACCUGCAACCCAUCCCCUGACGAUGACUUCUGCUGUGUUGCGAGAUGUUGGAGGCGCCCCUGUCGUGUCACCCGGCAUCCAUGUCUCUGCCUAUCAGUUGCCUAGCGUGGCACACGGUGGAGUCGUGAUCCAUCCUAUGCAGGCUUAUCCACCUUUUCAAACUGGCCACACUCCCAAUGGGAUCCAGCCUAUGAUCUCUUCCAAUCCUGCGGUGACUUACCCUAAAGUGAAUUUGUGGAGUAGCACUGGGGUGCCCUACUCUCAGUCAUCGCCGCCCAGUACGACACCUAUGGGAGAAUACGGAUAUCUAGUGCCGCCUCCUGCGCAUCUCAUUACUCCCCAAGAUCAGGGAGGAUCUUGGCAACAGCAAUUUAACGUUUUCGAGCAUCGCUGA